AUGGAAGCCUAUACUCUGACAAUCCUCUUCAUGAAUCUUCUUCUAGUCCUCUCAAACAUUCAUACAACCUUAGCAGCUGUUUCUACCAAAAACUACAAAACUCACAUCAAAACUGUUUGUAGUUCAACAACAUACCCACAAGUAUGUUACGGUUCCCUCUCCCCUUACGCUUCCAAAAUCAAAGCGAACCCUCAAAAGCUUUGUAACACCGCGCUCUCGGUGGCCAUAAAAGCCGCACGCAGCGCAUCAUCGACGAUAUCAAAGCUGUCUAAAAAGAAGGGAUUGACACGUAGCGAAGCGGCGGUCAUUAAGGAUUGUGUCGAGAACAUCAAGGACACUGUCGACGAGCUCAAACAUUCUUUGAAGGAAAUGGGAAAUCUCGGAGGCUCCGAUGUGCAGGUUAAGAUAGAUAAUAUAAAGACAUGGGUCAGCGCUGCCAUAACGGAUGAAGGCACAUGCACAGAUGGAUUCAGCGGGCAGAGAGUAAGCACGACUUUGAGGAACAAGAUCAGAGUGAUUAUUCUCAAUGUUGCAAGGCCAACUAGCAAUGCUUUGUCUCUCAUCAACACUCUCUACUCCUAUUCAUAA